CAAACAUGAAUAACAGGCCAGCUGCGCUGAGGUCACGUCUUUGCCCGGCCGGCCAAAGGCAAAGUCAAACUCGUGCUCAAAGUCAAAUUCAAGUCUUAUAUAUACGCCGCUGGGGGCUGGUUGCCAGACCGACAGAAUCAGGAAAAUCAUCAACAAUCGCAUUUGCAUGGAUCAUUCCGUUCUUUUUAAACAAGCCUUCAGUUGAUAAGAGAACAACAUGUCAGAGCAGCAGCAGCAGCAGCAGCAGCAGCAGCAGUCACCUGGGGAGUGUGCAAGCCCCCUACCCAGGGGGCUUACUGGACGUCGUGGGGGUGCAGUCAAUCCUAGCACUAGGCUUCCCUCAUUGCGACCAGCAAGGGACCUGACACUGGGGGGAGUACAAAAGAGAGCUUUUAAACCAAAUCUGAAUGUGGCUGGGAGAAAAGACAAAAGCCAGAGAGAAAGCACCAGUAAAGAUGUUUCCAAACCAUCAACGACCAAACAAAAGAAUCAAGGAUCUGAGAGAGGUGACCGGGGCCGAGGGCGUGGUCGGGGGCGUGGCAAACCAGAAACUAUCCAAUCACGUUCCAUUUUUGAACAGGGCCCUGCUGACAGGUUAAAUAAAAAAGGAGGCGGUCACUAUGGGGGAGGAGGGGAUGCCCGCACUCCAUCAUCUUCAACUAAAUCCAUCAAACGAGAGAAGAUGAGUGAGGAAGAAGCAAGGAGGAUGCAAGAAAUCCUCAGAGAUGAUUUUGUGAGUGACUUGGACAAAGAUGAAGAUGACAGAAAGUAUUGUCCUAUUCACCUGCCACUGGUCUCAUCACUCACAUUGAAGAAAGAAGUCAAGGAUGAGGGAGACGUUGCCAAGACGGAAUGUGCAGAUGACAAGAUAAUGGAAAUCAAAAAAGAACCUAGUGAUGACAAUGACAUUGAGAUGACAGCUAUUGACACCAAACCAAUCCCAGAGAAGCUUGAUGCACAGCCAAAAACUGCAACAAAAUCACUCCCCAAAAGGACAACAUGUGCUGCCUUAUUUGGCCAACGCAUAAAAUCAGAGGGUGAACUCAUGUUCUUCCAACUGCCGGACACCCUCCCUGGUCAGCCACUGUCCAAUGAUGAUGAAGACCAGAGGCCAAAGGUCAAACGGGAGCCAGGGACACCAGCUGUGGAUCAGGAGUCACAGAAGAAGACUAAAGAGGAUAAUAGACCAGCCAAGUGUACAUUGGAGAGUCUGCCAGAAGGCUAUCUAGGAAAGCUUCAAGUUCUCAAAUCUGGAAAGACGAGGUUUGUCCUUGGAAAUGCUACACUUGAUGUUACCUUGGGAACACCAUGUGGAUUUUUACAGGAUCUGAUGUCCAUUAAGCUAGAUGAUGAUGAUAGGACAGGUGAGAUGACCCGGUUAGGACAAGUCAAGCACAGGAUUGUCUGCACGCCAGACUUUGAAAGUCUGCUACAGCUAGCACCUUCAAAAUAACCACACUUAUUUUGGACUUCAAACAUUAUGAAAGUCGACUUGCAGGCCCAAACUCUCAGAGGCUGCUGGGCAUGUGUGCCGUGUAUGGACCCUGUGCACAUUGUCAAGUACCCACUCAGCAUUACUAAGAGAGAGCUCGGCAGGACUGUUCAACACAUCCUUGCCCUACGCCUGGCACUCACGUGAAGAAGCCAUGACUUUGUGCACAAAGACUGCACAUAUGGGUGAAAAAUAAUUCUGCAUACUUUGCACCAAACGCGCUUGAACCAAUGCGUACACAUGCUGUUGCUCUUCAACGGAGCUUUCGCAAGUGGUUAUGAAGUGCUAUUUAUUGUUCAUGGGGAGGCCGUAGUAAACUAAAAGUACUUGUGUACACCAUUUUGCAUUAAAUGCAAUGGUGUGAACACAGAAAUUGAGGCUAAACUGCUGUGAUAAGCUGUUUGAAGUAUGACCAAAAAGACAUAUUUCCUAGUGGCAGAAUACCCCGAGCUGUGAACAGUUUCGUAUAAAAUGCAAACAUUUACUGCCAAAAAGCACCGGUAAACUUUGAAGGUGGCCGUUGAGAGAAACUAGAACCCUCCACUGAUCACCUGAGGAGGCUUGUUUUACUGAAACAUAAAUGACAUGGGAAAUUCUUUUUAACAACUCACUCAUGUUCUGUUUCAAAUUUUAACAAGUCUUACAGGAGUCAUGGUGAAAUAGUACAGAAUUAGUAGUCAAUAAUAUGGUGCACUGCUGGCUUUAAUAGAAUGUUUGGAUAAGGUGUUGGGUCUUUCCACAAAGCUUGGAAAUGUUUGAUGACAUUUUAAAAAUUGUGGAACUUUAUACAAUUUUUACACUCAUCUUCAGCCAAUCAGAUUCUCUGUUUUUUGUUGUUGUUGACGUUUUCCCAUGCAUUGAAUAUUCAGAUCUGGAAUAACACCGUCAAAUUUGAGAGUGCUUUUCAGGAUAGCACAUUUGAUUUGGUAGGUCAAUUCAAAAGGUCAGCUUUUGUAAAGAACGAUCUGAUUGGUCAGAAAUUAUGUCAGUCAAUAGUUGGUAGCGUUCAUGAAUAAUUAACCUUACAAGGUCUAAAUAGGAAAGGUAUGGACUCUGUUGGCCAGAGUACCGUCUAAGAACCUAGGCCAGUAUAGACUACACUGGCUGGCGUGGAUGCUACAAUGUACAAAGGCUUGAUUGGAUUGCCUUUUGUGUUUAUAGUGCAUUGCUACAUGAUAUGCAUUUUAAAUUAAGCAGCACCAGUCUUGACAGUUUGACUAACAAUUUGAUGGCUUUAUUCUCUGUUUAAAAAAGGGAAGGCAAGGAAAAAAAUUGGUGCUACUUCAAAUGAACAGAAUUUUAUUUGGAAAAGUGUUUCUGUAAAUGUAAGACAUUAUAUGGAUUUUCUGUUACCCAGACCUUGGAAGUAAGGCUAGUUGAAAAUAUGAAACAAUACAAUUUGGCAAUCUACAGACAAAAGUGCACCUUUAAUUUACUGAUUGAGCUGCAUUAUACUGUAAAUGUGAAAAAUGAGAAGAUUUCAGGAGACAGAUUUGUCACUUCACAUCUUGCAUUUUAAAUAUUGCAUCAACUUAAAGUACUGUAUACAACAUUCAAAGUGGACAGGAGAUUGAUGAAAAACAUCAGGAUGUUUUGCUUUAAUUUUGGCUGACCAUUCUUUGAUUAUUUUUUCUCUUGGCCUUGAUGAAAAAAGCCCAAAGAUUUCAUUUUAGACUGGGGAAAGGAAAUGACCCUUACUAAACCCUUAUUUGUAGUAAACGUGUAUUUUUAUAUAUUAUACAUACUGUUUGGCGGAUGAGCUGUCCAUAAGCUGGCUCUAAGAGUAUUUUCAUUGUAUCUUUGUUAAUUUAUGUCAACCUAAAUAAAUUUCGGUUCAAAUGAAAGAGGAAAGAAA